AUGGCGACUGCGGUUGCUGCCGCGGAGCUUAAGCAGCAGGGAGCUAUCGAGGCUGCUCAGGAUCCAGACAGCAAGGUCACCGCUGAUGACGCCCAACAAAAGAUUGUCGAGGAAAGUCGACGAGCUGGCGUGACGGCCUUCACAUUCAACCCUGACGCCAGCCCGGAGGAGAAGAAGGCGCAAGCUCAAGCUGUACGUCAGGCUAUACCAGAAGGUUUCCACCGAAACCCAGGUGGUGUCGCCAUCGCAUCGGAUCUUGAUACUGAUAGCAAGUCUGUCAUCGACCUUCCCACACCGUCCAAGGCUGGCGCACUCGAGGUGGUCAAGGCCGAAAAUGGCAAGGUCAUUGUCGGUGGUCAUGUUGAGGAGGACGAAGACAACUGGUGGGAGAAGACCGGUUGGGAACCCAGGUUUGGGUGGCCGGCUGAGUCGAGUCUCGAGGGUGAGAGCAUGCUCGACCAUCAGACAUUACUAGAGACUCAGAUUCCCGAGAAGUUCUUUGGAGACUGGUAUCACAACGCCGCUGUCAUUGCUUUUGCCUGCUUGUCCUCGUGGCUGGUGGCUGUUCUUGGUGGUGGUCUCGCCUGGGUAUUCAUCAUUGGCGCAGCUUGCUCAACUUAUUACCGCACCUCUCUGCGCCGCGUGCGCCGGAAUUUCAGGGACGACAUCACUCGUGAACUUGCGCUCAAGAAGCUCGAAACCGAUAACGAAUCUGUCGAAUGGAUUAACUCUUUCUUGGUCAAGUUCUGGCCCAUCUACCAGCCAGUCCUUGCGCAGACCGUUAUCAGUUCUGUCGAUCAAGUUCUCAGCAAUGCGACCCCUGCCUUUUUGGACAGCUUGAAGCUCAAGACUUUUACCUUGGGUUCGAAGCCGCCGAGAAUGGAACAUGUGAAGACGUACCCCAAGGCCGAGGAUGAUAUUAUCAUUAUGGACUGGAUGUUCAGCUUCACCCCCAACGAUACCGCCGAUAUGACUUCCCGCCAGCUCAAGAACAAGGUGAACCCCAAGGUUGUGCUUGAGAUCAGAAUCGGAAAGGCCAUGGUCAGCAAGGGUUUGGAUGUUAUUGUCGAGGACAUGGCUUUCAGCGGUUUGAUGCGUCUCAAGAUCAAGCUGCAGAUCCCUUUUCCCCACGUCGAGAAGAUUGAGAUGUCUUUCCUGGAGAGGCCGACCAUCGAUUACGUCUGCAAGCCUCUUGGUGGUGAGACGUUUGGUUUCGACAUCAACUUCAUUCCCGGUUUGGAGACCUUCAUUAUGGAGCAGAUCCACGGCACUCUCGCCCCGAUGAUGUAUGCGCCCAAUGUUUUCCCCAUCGAAGUCGCCAAGAUGCUCGCCGGUACUCCUGUCGAUCAGGCCAUCGGUGUUCUCGCUGUUACUCUUCACGGUGCUCAAGGCCUCAAGAACACCGACAAGUUUGCCGGUACCCCUGAUCCCUAUGUUCAGCUCUCUUUGAACAGGAGACAGGUGCUCGCCCAGACCAAGGUUAUCAAGGAGAACGCCAGCCCCCGCUGGAACGAGACUCACUACAUCAUUAUCACUUCUUUUAAUGACUCGCUCGAUUUUGACAUCUUUGAUUUCAACGAUUUCCGCAAGGACAAGAGGAUUGCCCAGGUUUCUUUCCCUCUCGAGAACGUCGAGGAGGUUUGGGAGCACGAGAACGAAAGAUUGGAACUCACCAACGAUGGCAAGGCAAGAGGGGUUUUGUUUUCCGAUAUCCGGUUCUUCCCUGUCUUGGAGCCUAAGAAGCUCGAGGACGGUAGCCUGGAGCCGGCUCCCGAGUCUAACCAGGGUAUCUUGCGCUUCACGGUUGAGCAGGCCAAGGAACUUGAUGGUGGCAAGAGCAUGAUCGGCCAACUCAACCCCUACGCGACUCUCACAUUGAAUGGAAAGGCGGUCCACUCUACCAAGAAGCUGAAGCGCACCAACAACCCUGUUUGGGGCGAAAAUGGCUCCAAGGAAUUCCUCAUCACCGACAAAGCGCAUGCCAAGCUUGGUGUUGUUAUCAAGGAUGACCGUGACAUUGCCGGAGAUCAGACUGUUGGAAACUACCAGAUCAAGCUGGAAGACAUGCUCGAACUGAUGGCAAAGGGACAGGAUUGGUACAAUCUUGCUGGUACAAAGACUGGCCGUGUCAAGAUGCAGGCUCAAUGGAGGCCGGUGGCCAUCUCGGGUAUUGCGACUGGCAGUGGCGGCUACGUAACACCCAUUGGUGUUUUGCGCCUUCACUUCAAGCAUGCCAGGAACCUUCGUAAUGUCGAGGCUCUUGGCAAGUCUGACCCGUACGUGCGCGUCGUCAUGUCGGGCAUUGAGAAGGCCCGUACUGUCACGUUCAAGAACAACCUCAAUCCCGACUUCGACGAGGUUCUCUACAUCCCCGUACACUCGGCGAGAGAGCGCCUCCAGCUUGAGGUCAUGGACUCUGAGAACGUGGGCAAAGACCGCAGCCUUGGUCUGACGGAGAUCUCCUCCGGUGACUACAUGGUUCAGGGUGAGCUUGGCGAGUGGCUUGUUCACGACGAGAAGAAGGAGCACGAGGAUGGCCUGCGUAUCCACAACAAGGGCACACCCAAGGGCACCCUCACUUACACUGUCGCCUUCUAUCCUACUCUCAACAUUGCCGAUCCCGAGGAAGAGGCCGAGAAGGAGAAGAAGAGGCUUGAGGAGGAAAAGGAAGCAGCAGAUGAGGAGAAGGAAGAAGGAAAGGAAUCCGAUGCCUCGUCUGGCUUGGAUGUUCCUCGCUCUACCGAGGCCGGCAAGUUCUCGGCUGACCUUAAGGAGCCAGCGACGCCUCUCACGCCCAAGACCCCCGGUACUCCCCUCUCGGCGACAUUCUCCUCCCGGAGAUCGCAUGAGAACAGAGAGCCGCCCAAGGUCUACCUUACACCCCAGGAGCUGCUCAAGAAGGAGUCUGGUCUUAUCAUAUUCAAGCUCAUGGAGGCCGAUUUGCCCAAGAGUCAGACCCGCAUCGAGGUCUUUGUAGACGACAUGGCCUUCCCUUCGUAUACCUCUUCGGUUGCCAAGAAGUCAAAGACGACUUUUGACGAGAUUGGCGACUGCUUCAUUCGUGAACUGGAGUUCUCCAAGUUGACCAUCAAGGUGUCGGAGAAGACGGACAGCAAGGAGGGCAAAAAGGAACGAGUCCUGGCCCGUCUUACCGGAAAUACUCUUGAUACGCUCAAGCAAUGCUUGAACAACCCAACGGUGCUCAAGCUGAAGGAUGAUGAUGGAAACGUGUAUUCCAUCCAGGUCAGCCUCAAGUAUGUGCCAGUGCAGAUGACACUCGACCCCAGCGAGAGCAUCAAUAACAUGGGUAAUCUCCGGGUCGAUGUGUUGGACGCCCAGAACCUGCCAUCUGCCGACUCGAACGGCAAGAGCGACCCUUAUUGCAAGUUUGAGCUCAACGGCGUGGAAGUGUUCAAGACCAAGACGGUCAAGAAGACGCUCAAUCCCGAGUGGAAGGAGUUCUUCACGAUUCCAAUCCCCUCGAGAACGGCGGCCAAGUUCAAGGCGACUGUUUGGGAUUGGGAUUUCGCUGACAAGCCUGACUUCCUCGGCGCUGCUGACAUUAACCUUGAGCAGCUCGAGCCAUUCAGGGGCCAGCAGUUCACUUACACUCUGGACGGAAAGUCGGGCACCCUGCGGCUCCGUCUGCUCUUCACGCCAGACUACGUCACCAGGACAAGACAGGGCACUUCCACCCUCACUGGUACCUUCUCGGUGCCAGGCAGAAUCGUUACUGGUGUGGCUGGCGUGCCUCUCAAGGGUGGUGCCGCUGUGGGCCAUGGUGUUGCCAAGGGUGCCUCUUUCUUGAAGCGCGGGUUCCGCAGUGCUACGGGCAGAAGGGAUGAUGAUGAUGAAGAGUCUGUCAGCUCGGCCGACAUUCCCAUCAUCACUACCAAUGGCCCCGACUCAGGGCCCGGCGGCGGACUGAAGAGAUCAGGCGGUCUUUCAUUCCCCGAGGCUAUCCCAGAGGCACCACCAAGCCCUCCUGGUGACAAGACUGCCGGGCUUGCCAACGGCGCGGGCGGUCUCACCCUUCAUCACACAAGAACCAGGAGUGUGGGUGCCUCUUCGGUGCACAGUGCCAUUUACCCUGGAGCGUCUUCUGGCACUGCCACCUUCAAUGUCGUUUCCGCCACCGGCUUCCCUCCGUCGGCAGAUGUAUACGUCAUCAUCACGCAGACCAAGGACGGCAAGACCAAGCAGGUCGGCAAAACCAAGCAUCGCAAGUCGUCUAGUGGCACGAUCAAGUUCGAUGAGACGUUCAAGAUCCAGUGCACUCCAGACGCUCAGUUCAAGGUAGAGGCCAAGGAGCACCACACCUUCGGUAGCGACGACCCGCUUGGCGAGACUCUCUACUUUGUGGAUGAGACCAACUCUGGUCAGGAGAAGCAGCUGUCGAUUGGUUCUGGGUCUGUCUGGAUCAGGAGCUCAUUCGUUCCGACUGAGGAGAAGGGUCUGCCAGACAGCCCCAAGUCUACGUCGGGGAUCAGGAGGAGUUUUCUGAGCAAAAAGGACCUGAAGGUGCCGGGCUCUUCGGGGUCAUGA